GGCUAAUUAACAAGGGGGCGGAGCGAUCAGCGCCCGCGUACAGUACCCAGCUGGCGGCUGGCACAUGCUAUCGUUCAUCUUGACCGCCACCCUUGCAGCGUCGUCAAGUUUGAUCGUGAUGUCAUGCGUCAAUGAAGAAAAAUACUUUUUUCAACACAGUCAUGGUCCUAGAGGUUCAGUGUGUUUGUCCACCCACUUCACCUGCGCGUAACUGUUCUCCUUGCAUAAUGCUGGAAUACAGUAUGGUUCUUCUUAUGAGCGAUACAGAUUAUGUUGUUGUUAAACGGGGUUUCUGCGGAUUUGCAUGAUAUACGUUGAUGCAAUCGCUGCAUGUUGAGUCAAUCUCGGAGACAACAGCCAACUUACUAACAUGUACAUCGUUCUAAUUCUGCUCUCGUUGGUCUACGCAGUCGUGCCACAGGAUCAUGCUCCUAUGCAUCUAGGGCUUCAUAAUUUCAAUUCCGUGACCGAUUGCGUGUUGGGGCACUGGGGCCUUAGAUACAACAAUUAUGGAUGCUGGUGCGGCAAGGGUGGUUCGGGUACGCCAAUCGACAAAAUUGACGAGUGCUGCCGGGCACAUGACUGGUGCUACGAUGCGGCUAUGAAAAGAGGAUGCUUCAAAAGUGAGGUGUAUUUCGAUGGGUACCAGUGGAGUUGUCAGAAGUUCGGAAAUGAGAAGCAUGCCAUAUGUAGCGGUGAGUGA